CUCGUGACCCGGAAGGACUCCCCGAGCGCGUUUCCGUCGCUGCCGGCCGCGCGUGCAGGAGGUUGGUAAGUGGGGCGGGCGGAGAAGCGGGCUUUCUUUCUUUCACUGCGCCGGCGCCGCCCCCGCUUCUUGCUUUUCCGUUGGUCACCCCGGUCCGUGACAGCCCCUCCCCCCCCCCGCGCUGCUGCUGCUGCUUCUCGCUUGGCCGCGGGAGGCCCGCCAGGGACGCGAGGAAUCCGCCCCACACCGCGUCGGGACAAUGCUUCCCUCCGCCUCAGUACUGUCUGCACUGGCUGGCAGCAGCAGCGGCGCCGCUCCGGGUUUUAGGCUUGGAGUCCCUUCUCCAGCCCUACCUGGGACGCUGUGGCUCUUCGCCCUUAACGACAAUAGUGGUCGUUCCGAAAGUCACUUUUGGCUAAUUAAACCAUCUAUGGCCUUUUAAAGCGGCGCGCGAAGGGGGGGGUGUUUUGUUUGUUUGAUACUAUACUUUUGUGCUUUUAUAUUGUAAAUCUGUGUCCUGAGAUCCUCAGAAGGAAGGACGGUAUGGAAAUAGUAGUAGUAAUAAUAAUAAUUAUCCUGAUGAUAAUCAUGCUUAGGGGAGAGCCCUGAGACGCGGGGGCAUCACACACACACACACACAUAAAUAAAGGUAAAGGGACCCCUGACCAUUAGGUCCAGUCGUGACCGACUCUGGGGUUGCGGCACUCAUCUUGCUUUAUUGGCCGAGGGAGCCGGCGUACAGCUUCCAGGUCAUGUGGCCAGCACAACUAAGUCACUUCUGGCGAACCAGAGCAGCAGACAGAAACGCCGUUUACCUUCCUGCUAAAGCGGUACCUAUUUAUCUACUUGCACUUUGAUGUGCUUUUGAACUGCUAGAUUGGCAGGAGCAGGGACCGAGCAACGGGAGCUCACCCCGUUGCUGGGAUUCGAACUGCCGACCUUCUGAUCGGCAAGUUCUAGGCUCUGGUUUAACCCACAGUGCCACCCGUGUCCCAUAUCUAUCUAAUUUUAGAACGUUUUUGUUUACAUAUUGCAUUCAUUCCAAAAUACAAAACAAUAUCUUUUAAGAGGUUCCCAGCCACUGGACUUCUCCCCACACCCCUCUCCGGUUUCAAAUCAUUAUCUCUUUUCUUUUCUGCCUCUUUGUACCUUUAUCUGAUUUAUUCACCUCCCUUAAUAAGGGACAGGCCCUGUCCUCAGGCUUGCAAGCUUCACACACACACGCACACACACGGAAGUGAGGGCAAAAAUGGUAAAAAAAAAAGUUUUUGCAAUGCCCAGAACAAAGUGAUGAGUUCUAAAUAAGCCUUUAUGUGAAAGUUCCUGCCAGCCAGGUCUUUCCUUGCUGGUGGUUUUUGCAUGCACAGAAGUGAUGCUUUUGGCCCAUCCACCCUUGUUCCUCUGGGCCAAUGUCCAUGUGUGGCGUUCCCCUUCUGCUUCCCAGUCCCAGGCCAACUGGCCAUUGGGUCCCAGUGUUCUGGCCGGGAGGUGGGAAGGCAAGCUUCCUGCAGCAGUUGCUUCAUUGGUUGAUAUGGUGGGGUUAGGUUGAUUAUGGUGGAGUUGUUCCUGAGAUGCAGGGGUGUAACCUCCCAAUGGCUCUAAGAAAUAUGGCUGAUAGUUGGGGCUAGAAUAUGCCUCCCUAUUUUAUCUUUGAAACAGCCAUGCGCUCUAGUUAUCCAAAAAGGUUUCCUUUAUAUGGAAAACCGGUGUGUCAGGUUGAAGGUUAGUCUAAAACCCUUCCUCCAGGCACCUUAACUUCCUGAAUGCUGAUAAAUUCUGUUUUUAUCUGGUUGAGUUUUUGCUUAUGUGACCUUCCUCCUGUGGUCUGAAACAAGCAGCCUAAUUACAGAUUUGCAGCUUAACUCUUAGAGGGAGUGAUUUUGGCUCCGGGGUUUUGAACCAAAAAGUUCCCAGUUUGCAUUCAAUACCGUUCACUAAUACAGGCAUCGUCUCACGGGCAGUCGUUAGGAAAUAAUAAAAAAAUUCAGUUCAAACCCAGAAAUGGCAGGAGAGAGCUGGAAAGUCCCUGUGGCUUGCAGGGAGACCUUCCCUGGAGCCCAAAGAGGAUGUCAGUAAGGGCAGAGGAAGCCCCGAAGAGACCAGCUGCUCAGCCUCUCCGUCUUAGCAGCUGAUGUGCAGGGUAGUGCAGUAGUAGCAGCCGCCACUUUCCCGCAUGUCCUCCAGCCUCCUGAUGGAGGUUCAAUUCUAGUUGUGGAUAUUUUUGAAUGCAGUCUUUUUUUUGUAUGGAUUGCAGAGAGCAUUUAAAGGGUGCUCCGCACUUUAUGCAAUUUCAGUUAUGCAUGCAGGCGCCUGGAACAUAACCCUCGCUUCAGUGGGGGGGGUGCAUGUAAAAGCCUUCAACUGUUAAUACCUCUUUUUUUAAAUGUGAAGGUGCUAGGCUAUGUUGAUAUUGAUGUUGUGAACCCUUUGUAUGUGGAGAUGCACAGAAUUUCUUUUGCCGUCCAUCACAGUACCUUACACUCUGAAUUUUCAGAGUUGGAUCUAUCGUAACUUCAUCUUGAACUCAAGAGAAACUUCAUCAGGUAAGCUGCAGUGCCAUGAAGAAGGCAAUCUUUUCUAGAUUUUCAGGUGACUAGCAUUAGGGAGUAGAGCAUAAGGGUGUACACUUUGCAGUUUCUUUUUGGAUUAUGUUGCGGACCCUGAAGAAAACCAGAAAUUGACUUUGAUUUCAGAAACUGAGUCUGAGUAAUUGUUUGCUCAGUUUAGUUGCAGGAACCUUUCCCCCUUAAACAUACUUGUUCAACUGUCUAUAUUUUUCUACAGUGGCUUCAAAAUGACAAAGAAAAGGAAACAUCAAGAAGAUUUUCACAAGGUGAAGCUAAAAGUUGGAAAAAAGAAGCCUAGACUAGAAAAUGCAACAGAUACAAACUUCAAAACAAGAGCCAUACAUCUAUCCGAGCAGCUUAGAGAGGAUGGAGUGCUUCCAACAAAUAAUAGAAAGCUUAACAUAAAGGUACAGUGAAAUGCGAAUUUAUAUGCCACCAAUUAUUGUUGCACUUUUGAGUUCAUUAGCAUCUGUGAGACUAAUUUUGAUAUAGUGUGAGCUUUUGUCAAGGGUUAACAUACUACUGGAGAUGCCAAAACAUCGUAUCUAGGAAUCUGGACAGCUACAUAGAUAAGUUGGAGAAGACAAUAAAUUUCAAAAUACCUAAUCUUUUUAAUUUUAUCAUUAUUGUUAAGCUGAAAUCAGAGUUACAAGGACCCUUGCUGAAUACCUUACAACCUCAGCUAAUAAUCUCUUACUGUGUCUUUGUUGUCAUGAGGUGAGCUUCCUUAACCCAAAGCUAUAUCAGUGGUGGUCAACAUCUCCAUCUCAUGAGUUGUAUUGUUACAAGAUAGAUGCUUUUAAAUACUGCUUCCUGUCACAAAGUGUCUUCAUCAUGUGGCAAAGUUCCAACAGUGGUGAAGCCUUCAGUGCCUUUAGAAGAGGGGAGUUCCAUAAGAGUUGAUUUGCCCAAGGUAGCACCAUGAGUAUGCUCUCUCCUGAAAUUCAUUGAGAUUCUCAGGUACUUUGUAUUAUGUCCAUCUUCCAGGUCUAGUCUAUCAAGACUCCUUGUUAUUUGAAUGACCCUUGUGGCCAUUGUUGAUAAUCAGCUGAUUAUCAGCGGUUGCAGAGCGCUAGGCACAGGGCUUCAUAAGUGAUGAUGUUCAGCUGAUUGUCAGGAUUUUCAAAGUCCAGGGCAUGGUGCUUUGCACAGGACUUUGCAGGUGUUGCCAAUCAACUAAUAGGUGGUGCCUAUUUGGUGUACAGCGCAGGGCAAGUGGGCAUGGCUUGGCCAACAUGGGCUUGCAGACCAAAUGGCAAGGCCUAGUAGGUCUGAUUAGGACCGCAGGUCAAAGGUUCCCCACUACUGAACCAAGUCCUACUCCAAAUAGACCUACUGAAACCAAUGAACUUAACAGUACUUGCAUCCAUGGAUUUCAGUAGGUCUGCUCUGUGUUUGACUAAUGUUCAUUAGUUUUAUUUUUAAUUGUUCUACUAUGAUAAGAUUUCCAAGCAACUGGGUUGGAUUUUAUUUAUAUUCUGAUUGUGUACUGAAGACCUAUAAAGUUACAUUCAAUCUUAGCAUUGAUUGCCUUGGAUUUUCAUUGAUUGCUUUGCAUUUUAAAGCAUAAACACUCUGUCAUUUACGUAAAUGCAGAUUUAUGUCUCCUGCUUGAAUUCCAGUAAUUUCUAAACAUUGAUUAAACAGCAAAGGUGACAUCUAGCUCCGCCUCUGAGAAAUGUUUGUUUUGAUGUAUGCAGCCUAAGCCUGUGCAGAAAUAGGUACAAUUAACUGAAAUAUGUGAGCUUAUUUCCCCCAGUUGUGCAAAAGAAGGGGCUGAUGGUUUCUUAACGUUGUAAUGCUUUGUUUUUGCUGUGCUGGUGUGAAGGUUGCUUUUAUUUCUUGCUUUGGAAGUGUAUAAAACCUUUCAACCACAAAUGUAAUAGUUAUAAGUUUGUGAUGUAAAUAGUUAUUCAGGCAAUUACCAACUCUGUAUUUCUUCUAGGAUCUGCUUUCACAAAUGAACCACUAUAGUGCAGGAAUUAAACAAAGUGCCCUUUUUGGACUCAAAGAUCUGCUGUCCCAGUAUCCAUUCAUCAUUGAUGCACACCUUUCAAAUAUACUAAGCGAGCUGGCAGCUGUGUUUACAGACAAAGAUUCUGCUGUACGAGCAGCAGCAAUCUGCCUCCUUAAGUUCUUGGCUCCCAAAAUACGAGCUGAACACAUCUCUCCAUUUUUCCCAUUACUUAGUGCACAUCUUUCUAGUGCCAUGACUCAUAUCAGUGAAGGAAUUCAGGAGGAUUCUUUGAAGGUAUUGGACAUUCUGUUGGAGGAAUACCCUACUCUCCUGACGGAUCGCAGUAGUGUGUUGCUGAAUAACUUUGUAGAACUUAUUUCUCAUCAACAACUGUCAAAACAACUGAAAAAUAAGGAGAAAAUAUGCUGGAUGCUGUCUGUUAAUCCUAAUCGUAGGGUAACUUCACAGCAAUGGAGGCUUAAUGUGUUGGUCAGGCUCCGAAAGUUCCUUCAGGUGCUGGUGGAAGGAUCCAGUGAAUUAGAAACUGACAGCGAAGGGCUACAAGAGCCAAAUGACAACCCACAAGUACCAAGAAACUCCUUGCAUGUUAAUUGGCAGGAAUAUGCCAGUGGCCAGCAACACAUCCAGUUGUAUGAAAAUGGUGGCCCACAACUCAGAAUUCAUUCAUCCUUCCGGCUAAGGUAAGAAAUAGCGUGCUUACAACAUGUUUGAAGGUUCAUGCUUUGUCACUGAUGUGAAAUGUAGUGAGCUGGUUGCUGCUGACCAUGGCAAUAUAGUGAGGCUUAUUGCAGUAAUGCUGUGCAGUCACACACGUGGGUUUUGUGCAGAGCCUCUUUUGAGAAGACUGCAGACUUGGGCUGCCAUUCAUAUGGGUGGCCCAUGAGUUAUGCUUAUGCAUCAAGGAGUGUGGCUCCCACCUUUCUGCACCCAAAUGUGUGUAAUUGAGGAGGCUGGGUUUUCAUUGGCUACUGCCUAUACAUGUUUCUCAUGAACCACUCACUUUCAUGGAGCAAUGUAAGAAUAAUAGCACAAUUAUAACUGUAAAUAACCUGUACAUGGUCUCCUCCAAAUUGACAUCAUUUUGUAUAAAUGGCUGUUCUCCUGACCAGCUUUCACACAUGCUCAUACAGCCGGGUGUAUACGACUUCAAAAUAAGUCUUACUGUGUCAAACAGGGCUUAUUCUGGGUCUGUGUGUGUAGAAUUAUAACUGUAAAUACAUUUCUUUCUGUGCAGUAGUUUUGUAAAGAAUGUUUUGGCCUUUGUUCUAGGUCUUUGGUAAGUAUGACAGGCAGUGUUGAAAAUGGCCUGUCAUCUCCUGAGAAUUUAAAACGAUUUAUUCAAAUUAUAAUUCCAUUGCUGCUUAAUUGUUGGAUUGAAGCAUCGCCUGCACAACUUGCGACUCCCAUUCUUGGAAAUCUUCUGGAACCUGGAUCUCAGCAGCUAAUGGAGCAAGUACUUGGUAUCAUAUACCUGUUGUGGAAGCUUGUAAAGCAAAAUGAAGAUCAGGAUGAAAUGGUAAGAAACGGAAGUUGCUGAACUGAUAUGUCACAGGAAAUUAUUUGCAUCCUUGUCCUCUUACCUAAUCAAGUUUGGAAAAAAUCCAUAAAUUAGCCCCUUAUGAUCUUUCUAUUUGUAUACCUUUCCUUAAAACUCUUAGCACUUGGAGAAAAUUAUUAAUGUGUGGUGUCUUUCUUACAGGAAGUGUGGCUUCGAGCAAAUUACCUGAAUGAUUUCAAGCACCAUUUCAUGUCUCAUUUUCCUUAUUCUUUCCAAGAAACAAGCAAGCACCGAAAGAAAGAGCCCUUGAAAAGGUAUUGCUUAUAAGACCAGGAGAGUCAGAAUUGAGCGGUUCCCUUUUCAGAUAAUCAGUAGGUUGUGAUCCGAGUUCUUAAAUUUUCACAACCAUAGAAAAAUCCUGGAGUAGCAGUGGAGAAAGCUCAGCAGUUGGUUGAUCGACAGGCAUUUUUCUCCCCCCCCCCAAUAAUCCUCACUGUAAGGAAUUUUUGUUGUUGUUAACUCAGAGUAACAGUAAUUCCUUCAUAAGUAAUGCAUAAUGCAGUUUUGUUCAUAAGAGAAUAUUUUCAGACAAUUAAUUUGAUUGAGUUCUGUUUUUUUUUAUGUGUUUUGAUGUAUGGUAUUGCAUAAGCCAACUAACUGGAGAGAGAUACCUGUGUACUCCAUAGUAAUUUGUGCUUGUCCUAUGUGGAUGAAAGACUGAUAGAUGCAACCAGCACUUUUCUCUUAUACUGGCAUUUGUUCAAAUAUGUGCUAAAUUAUAGUUUUCCAGGAAUAGUCCCCAGUGAGCCUUGGGUUUGCAAGUUUUCCUUCUGCUUUUUGGCAUUGCCACCAGGAGAAAUUCAGAAGCUUACUCUUCUGUGUUCAUGUUGCAGUGGAACCUGUUGAAACUUUUAAUGCUUUGGAGUAUAUGCCUUCUUAUUUGAACUAUCUAUAGAGUAAUGGGCCCCAGUAGAAUUCUUCACUAUUGAAUAAUGCUUUGUGCCAGUUUUCAAAAACUGUUUCUCUGUCUUUCAUUUAGCAACAAGUAUUGUAUGACGUCGUCAAACAUUGAUCAUCUCAUGUUGAAUUUAACCUUAUGCGAAAUCAUGGUCUCAUUGGCGAGUGCUUCAACACUACAAAUGGAUUCUCAUUGGCUAGAUAUGAUUAGAAAGUUUGUGAUAGAGACCCUCCACGAUGGUUGUAAGCUCCCCCUUCACAAUGGCUGUAAGUUAAACAGUAAGCAAUUGAAUAAAUUGCUCAAAGUGACUUGGAGACUUCUACAGAUACAAAUAAACAAAGGUAAGACCCACUGAGUGUACAGUCUUUGCUUAUGAAUUUACCAAUAUGUGGCAUUUUUCUAGGCUAUUUGCAUUUCUUCCCUUCAGUGAGACAAUCCAGAAGUGAUUUAGAGCAGUUUUGUGCCUUAGAUUAAUACAGUUCACCUCCUCUCCUGACUGUAAAAGAUAUGAUCAGAACACGCACCCUUUUUAUAUUUCAGAACUCACUGUGGUGCCAAACCACUGUUUGUAGCAAGAGUUAGCAGCAGAAAAAAAAUGGCUGCAUGCAUAAUUUUACAGUGAUAGAUUCUCCAUUUGAAUAUGCUUAUAGGUACUAGAUUUUAGAAAUGUUUAGAUUUUUCCCCUCUCAUGAUGUUCAAUAAGGAAGUUACCAGCAGUGGAUUUUAUUGUUAGCUUAGAAUUGGAAGACAAGGUAAAAUUUGUAAGUUUGAGAUAUGCAAGACUGACACAGCUAUGACAUUCUUAUAAUGAAUUUAGCCCUGGGUGAUGUAUCAAAUACAUCACCCAGGACUUGUUUGAGGGCCAGAGCAUGAUGGCACCUUCGCCUGGUGGUAUAUCACAAGUGAAACAACCACCGCUCCUGAGUCCCUCCACCGCUGGCGCAUGGAGGGAGGAAUAAGCUAUGCUGGCCCUCGUCUCACGCUGAAAUUGCCACUGAGGAAGCUGAGGUGGUUUCACCCCGGUGCCUUGUAGAACCAGGGCGAGUGCAACUUGUUCCCCUCUUAUUUUUCAACAUGUGUUUUGUUUGCUACUUUGCCCUUUAGCAUGUUCAUGCUUUAGCAUGAAGAUACAAUAACAGCCACACAAUUACAUCUGAUGCCACACUGGCCUUUGCUAUAGUUUCAUAGUUACCCAUUUUAGAUGUGUGGUUUGGUGCAAGAAAUUGCUGACUACCUGUUCCAAAGUAUGGAGAGGAGGUAAAACAUCAUUUUUCAUUUGUCUUCCCUCUUAGUGGCAGCAGAGACGCUAAUGAAAGCCGUGUAUACUCUUUACCAGCAAAGAAACCUUUCUUUCCCUAUUCGUACAUUGCUUUUGAAUUUUUUUAGCAGAGUUUAUCAGAAGGAAGAGUUGAACCUUCAUACGAACAGGUAACAAUUUUUAUUAUUUUUCAUUUCAGCUUUCAGUUCAAUUUCCCAAAGUCUAAACUAGGCUUUAUCUUGAUUUUUUUAAAAUAAAAAAAUUGUCCAUAUAAUCCAAAUAACAGAAUAGAACUUUAUCAGACAAACACAUAAAAGCUAAACCAAACCAAGGCUGGCAUGGAUGUUUAUAUUGUAAACUGCCCUGUUUACCUCGGAUGAAGGGCUUUAUAUAAAUUUAAUAAAUAAUAGGAAGAAGAAAGUUACAUUCACAAGAAAAAUGAUAAAGCUGGUUUCCCUCCCCUUAUGGUUUUGACUUUUAAAAUGGGGCUUUUAUUUUAAAUUGCAUUUUAACCUGUAUUUUAAAUCCCCCCCCUUAUUAUGCUUUUACUGAAAUUUUAUUGGUGUUAGCUGCCCUGAGCCCGGCUCUGGCUGGGGAGGGUGGGGUAUAAAUAAUAUUAUUAUUAUUUAUUAUUAUUACUAUUAUUAAUAAUAAUAAGAUAGGAACAAGUAAGUGGAGAGGAUCCACAAGAGUCAUGUGGUGCACACGACUUAAAACGUAUACAGAAGUAAAAAACCUGUAUUUCUGUACAUAAAGGCUCUGUAUUACAUCAAGAAAAAAAUUCAGUGAUUUAGAUGUUGCUUAACCCAGAUUUCUUGAGAGGCUUGUGGAAGAGACAAAUGUAAAUUUUCUUUUUUUUUUAUGUAUUCAAUAAAAUCCCACCAAACUGGGACAAAAGAGGUUACACUUGUUUUUCCUUUCAAAAAACAUGUGUACCAUGUUUAUUCACUCAUGCUGGGAGAAUGGAGGGGGGGUACAGCAGCGUACCCGGGGGGGGGGUGACCCCUGGAGUUUCGCUUUGUGUCCAUCAGCUUGUGUGCUGGUGGUGGAGACAAUUCUCUUCAAGCGUGGCCCUGUGGAGGAAGAAGGACUCGGUAUCCUCCUGGCAGAGGUGGGGAAUGGAUGCCCAAUGCCCCUGCCCUGACAUUGCUCCCAAAGAAAGCUUGGCCCACCCACUUCAGGACAAGAGCAUCUCCCAUUCUCUGUUGACACUCAACUUGUAGGGUGUUCUCCCAGCCCCAGGCAAAUCUUUCCUUCCUCCUACCUGUUCUAUUUACACAGACUGCUUCUCCAGGAGCCACAUGUUCUGAUGAUCUUCAGAAAAUUGUGUUGUUUAGAAAAAAAUAUAAAUGGCUUAAAUCAAAAAAAAUCCCUAAGGUGGCAUACAUAAAACAAUUAUCAAUGAUACACAAAUGAAAUCAGCGGAAUUUAAAAAUCGGUAUACAGUGGUACCUCUGGUUGCGGACGGGAUUCCGCAACCUGAGGACCGCUUCUGCGCAUGCAUGUGCGGUGAAACCCGGUAAAAUACUUCCGGGUUUGCCGCAUGCGCAUCCCGAAGUUUACAUAACCAGAGGGUUACAUAAACAGUGGUAUGACUGUACGUAACUAAAUUAUAUGUCCGGAUAAGCUUGCUGAUUUUUUAAAAUAAAAAUGCAGGUGUCCGAAAUAGUAUAAUGCGGGUGCCUGUGUAACGUUAAUAGAUGAUUUCCAGCAGCUGACUGGGUCAAAAGUGUGGCAGUGCAGAACAGAACACUCCAGAAGUAGGGAUAGGAAUUGGGUGGGAAUACUAAAUAUAAAGGUAUGCUGAAGGCUUAAAUUGUAAUUUUGUUUGUUUAUAUAUGAUACGAUCAGCCUUGAACACUUAUGGAAAUGUGUAAAUCAUAUGUACUUAAUUAGGGCAAGUUCUUUUUUUGAACCUUCCAGCUUGAGAGGGGAGGGUGGGUCUCAGUGUUUCCAGAUGCUUCUUACUGUUUGCAAGUGGCAGUCGACUGGCAAUGGGUUUUGCUUUUUCGUUUCUUUUAUAUCGUAUUUGUGUUGUCUCAAAGGGGGCAGGAUCCCUCAUGGUAGCAACUGGCCAUCAGCUACUACUGCCUGCCCCCCCCCCAACACCCCAAAUGUCCAUAGAACAGAAUUGUCCUGCAAUUCAGCAUCAUUCCAGGGACACUUGGGGGAGAAAGAGUGGGGGCUGCCAUCAUGCAAUAAAUAAAUGCAAUAAAUCAACUUAGGCCACAGUAAAAACACAUUGUACAAUUAAAAACCACAGAGGGAAAUUAAAAACCACAGAGGGAAUGAGUACCUUGAGAAACAGUUUUGACACUCUUCCACUGAGGAAAUCCCUGCCAAAAUUUGCCAUGUGAAAAUGGGCUGAUGAAUUGGGGUGGAGGGGUUCCUCCUCUUCAAAACAAAGUUUCCCAUUCUCUGAAACGAUAUUCUAACACGUAUUACUUUCCCUUUCCCUUUUUCUCCCUUGCACAUACUAGAAGCAGGAGCAAAGUAUUAACUCGUUGGCUGGCUGGUCUACCUCAACAACUUGUUCUUCUUGGUUUGAGAAAUGCUGAGCUUUCGGACCAGUUGAUUGGUACUAUUUAUUCGGCUGCAUCCCGGGCAAACAAAGAAAUCCUGCAAAGUUUGCAAGCUGCUGCUCCUCGAAUUUACGGUACCUCAUUUGCAGAACUUCUUAAAUUAGCAAUAGGGAAUAAAGACUCUUGGUUUCUGAGGUAUCCCAGAUGAUGGGUAUUUUUUGGUUUCUCCUCUCAUAAUAAUAGGCUGCUUCCUUCAUAUUAUGGUAAGCCAUCACAGGAGCUGUAGUGUUCUUUGGAAGUGAGAAGUACAUGUGCCAAAUUAGUUUUGUGGAAAGAAGAAAUCUGGAGAUAAUGCUAUCCACAUAUAUAUUUCAUUAUUUAAAAAAAAUAUAUGUACUUUCCCAGGCAAAGCCCUUCCAAAGCUGCUUACAAAAAAAGUAGUUUCUUUUUUUAAAUCAAUAUUGCUCUAUCGCAAUGUGUGACAGCUGUGGAAAAGGUGGAUUUCAUGCUAGAAAUCAUUAGGAAAAGGAUUGAAAAGAAACCAGCCAUAUUUCAAUGCCUUUAGUGUGCUGUUGUGCUCAACUACAUGGGCCUUUGGUGUGAUCCAGCUUCAGGUCUCAGUUGGCUUUAGUUACACCAUGUUAAAUGCCCCUCAGAUUUCCUGAUUUCACACUUGAUAAUUGGAAUCCUGUAACCAUCACUCAAUCGUAUCAUGGAAGAAAUUCUGGAAAGGGAGCAAGAAUUUGAUAAAUUUGUUUCAAGUGAAGGAUUGGAUAGGUGCAAAGGAAGAAACGUGCUUUUCCCUCUCCAUUUGAAGAUGCUGGCUGGAUCUGGGUGAUGAAUGAACCUACAUAAUUGAGCUGUUCUUUGAAGAAAAUGCAGUGACGUGGGUGGCACUGUGGGUUAAACCACGGUGCCUAGGACCUGCCGAUCGAAAGGUCGGCGGUUUGAAUCCCCGCGGCGGGGUGAGCUCCCGCUGCUCGGUCCCAGCUCCUGCCAACCUAGCAGUUCGAAAGCACCCCAAAGUGCAAGUAGAUAAAUAGGGACCGCUCUCCAGCGGGAAGGUAAACAGCGUUUCCGUGUGCUGCGCUGGUUCGCCAGCUGCGGCUUCGUCACACUGGCCACGUGACCCGGAAGCUGUCUGUGGACAAGCGCUGGCUCCCGGCCUCUUGAGCGAGAUGAGCGCGCAACCCUAGAGUCGGUCACGACUGGCCCUGACGGGCAGGGGUACCUUUACCUUUGAAGAAAAUUGAAUAGUUCUUUGGCAUCGUUCAUUUUUAGCUGGUGUGCCUUCUUCCUGGGCUCUGUGCACAAGCAACAUCCAGAACUUCCUAGAGCUAAGUGAACGAGUUCUGGUGGGACCCUACGCCUCGCCCCAGCCCCAUGGACACGCUCAGAAGGGCUCCUGCUUCUCUCAGGUCCUUUUUGAAAUCUGCAGUGGGAGCAUCAAGCAGAGCCUUCCCUUCCCUUCCCUCCAUUCCUUUCUCUCUCAACUGCUCUUCUGACUUUUACAUUGGUGUUCAUUUUCAUUCUGUUCCGUUUCCAGCGGGUGCCAUUGUGACUCUGGUCUUUUCAUCUUUUAUCAAGGCCCCCCGAGGGACUGCUGCUGCCCACUCAAGUCUUUUUCCUGCUAUUUCCUGUCACCUGCUUCCCAGUGCCAACCGCCGUCACAAUACCCCGUAGUUUUCUGGGAGGAAUCUCUGUCCCUGAACUAUGCAGCUUGACACGUUGAUUGGACCUUGUGUGAUAGGAAUCUGGGCUCGAGGAGAUAACUUCUUUGGGGUGGACAAUGCUGAAUCUGUUACUGCUUUGGUACCACCUGCCCUGGCUCUUUGUGUGUGGGAUGGCAUGCACCAUGAAGAAGUGGGUAGGAUUGCCUAGCGGUAGCUGUGGUUCUCUGGGGUGGCCCCCGUGCAGUUACACAGCCCACCCUCUUUCUCCACAGUAGGUGAAAUUUCAGCCUGCUCUUGCUCUGGGAUUUCCUGAUGUGGCUCUUGUGGUAAUGCAACCAGUUUCUCCUUUACAGUAGUUUAGAGUGGAGCGCAGAAACUUGUGCCAGCUGAAAAAGCACCCCAUUUUGAGGUUUUCAGAUGAUGUAAGCUGCUGAUUCUUUUUUUCAGAUCCACUAGAUGGUGCUGUCGCUAUUUUGCCAGAAGAAUCACAGCAACGUUUAGUCCAGCUGGUCUAUUUUCUGCCACAUUUACCAGGCAAUCUGCUUUCUUCUCUCAGUCGCUGCUGCAUUAUGGGAAAACUGUCGGUAAAGUUAUCGACUACUCUUAUCGGGAUAGUGCGUAUGAGGUAAGCAACCUAUUUCCAUGGGCAAAUUUGACUAUUGAAGGAGAAGCUUAGUGUUGCAUCUUCUCAAACCAUAAUUUGUCAAUAUAAUUUUGAAGGUGCGUUCACAUGAAGUAAGGAAGAGGAUGUGGAGAAACCAUUGUGAGGGAAAGAGGGGAGCCGCUGUGGAUGGGAAAUGGAGGAGACGACAGGGAAGGAUCAGGAAAAUAGAUGAAACGGGUCAGUUGCAUAAGGAAGGAAUAAGCGAUUAGAGGGGGGAUAUAUUCAAACACUGAAAUGCAGUUGAAAAAUAGGGAUGGAGGUUCAUUGUGGUGGAAAGAAGUUGGAAAGGAUAUAAGGAGCAGGCUCUUGCUGUCCCAGUGAAAGGAAAGAUACACUGCGGGCACUUUGACAGUCGUGCUGCUGCUAUAUGCCUCACAAAAUGGCAUGCUCUUAAAGGCAAUCUGUUGUGACGGACAGCAUUGACUGUGCCUAAAUGCUAUUACUUCUCUUCUUGCAAGCUCCUGGGGAACGAUGACAGGAGCGCUCCCUCCCUCCUAUGGAGAUCUUGCAAGCUGGCGAUUUUGCUGUGGGUUUAGGCUAGUUGUUAAUCUGUCCCAAGGGCGCCCGUCAUUCAGGCAUCAUGUCUUUACAUGUCUUUACCCAUACUUUUGAAGGGGGGGGAGUUGCUGAUUGAAAACGUUUUUUACUUGUAUUGGUUUUGGAUUGUGUUGCCCGCUUUACUUUUGAAAUAUUGUUAAUUGUGGUUUUAAUAAACUUAUAUUCCCUACCCUGGAAGGCUUAAAAUACAAUCUUAUCUCUGACAAAAUACUGUUUCUAAAAAAACCGGAGUUACUGUAGCAAUCUGUUUUUACAAAUAAUACAUUACAAAAUGAAAGGUUAGUAACAAAAUAUAAAAAUAUUUAAGCUGCAAUUUUGUAGGGUUUAUAGAGGCCAAAUCCCCAUUGAAACAUAUAAAUAUGAAUGUUAAUAAUGAAAGAGCAAACACGUUUCAACAUUGAGUCCUUUUCAGGAGCCAGAUAUGUUUACAGUUAAAAUAGACUCAAAUCACUGUGGUUGGUACCUUGGAGGAAUAUGCACAGUUUUUUACCUUAACUUCAUUGUUCCUGCCCUGAGACCAUUUGGUGAAAAGUGAGUUAUAAGUAUUUGAAAUAAAAGAAACCACACCACAACGUUUUCCCUCGGGAGAGCUUAGUGGUUGCUUUCUGUGUGAUUUCAUUACAUCUCCAUCCUGCAUUUCUUCACCAUGGAAUCCAAGGUGACAGACAUGUGGUUCUCCCAUCUGGCCACUGACCAUACCUGGACCUGCUUAGCUUCAGGAGGAUGGUGGCCUUCUGUACUUUCAGAGUACAGUGGUACCUCUGGAUACAAACGGGAUCCAUUCCGGAGCCCCGUUCGCAUCUAGAAGCAAACGUAACUAGCGACGGCACGUCUGCGCACGCGCGCGUCGCUUUUUGCUGCUUCUGCGCAUGUGCGUGACGUCAUUUUGAGCGUCUGCUCAUGCGCAAGCGGCAAAACCUGGAAGUAACGCGCUCCGUUACUUCCCGGUUGCAGUGGAGCGCAACUCGAACGCGCUCAACCCGAAGCGCAUUCAACCCGAGGUAUGACUGUAUACCCUGGGACUUUAUUUGAACGUUACAGAAGAAGUGGCCUAAAAACCUCCUUGCAGAUUCAUUUCUGUUCACAGAGCUGACCUCUCCCAGGUAGAAAACAACAAAAGCACCUUAACGAUCUUGGGUCAGUACAUUCCUCUGGAACAUCUGGUUAUUUUUCUUUUACAAAUAUAUUGUAGGAAUAAAAUAGCCGUUAAUUAAAGACAUGUUUGGAAGAAAGAAUUGUCAUACUGUUCCUCAUAAAACAUAAUAAAAAGUGGUAUUUUUAUUUGGCCCUCAUUUUGUUUGGUGAAAUAAUGAUGUUUUCAAAGAUGGAAAUGUAAAGUUCACUGGCUCUUCACACAAAGGAAGUAAAAUUGCUGCUACUGGUAUUCUAAGCCAUGGGUAGGCAAACUAAGGCCCGGGGGCCGGAUCCGGCCCAAUUGCCUUCUCAAUCCGGCCUGCGGACUGUCCAGAAAUCAGCAUGUUUUUACAUGGGUAGAACGUGUGCUUUUAUUUAAAAUGCAUCUCUGGGUUAUUUCUGGGGCAUAGGAAUUCGUUCAUUAUUAUUUUUUCAAAAUAUGGUCCGGCCCACCACAAGCUCUGAGGGACAGUGAGCCAGCCCCCUGCUGAAAAAAAAUUGCUGACCCCUGUCUAAGCUAUAUAUACUCAAGGGGGAGAAGCACUUUCAUCCAGCAAAUCUGAUCCAACAUUGGUCAUUCUUCCACAGGCCAUUUUUGGCAGGUCAUCAACCUGUGACAUCAGGUGAAUCUGCACCCGCUGGAAAGCAGCAGGGCUGGCAUUGGGCACAGUGGGGAGGGGCUGCUUCGUUGCUCCCCAUUGAUUCUAACUUGCAGGGCUUGCAUUUGCCACUGUUUAAAUUGGCCAUCAGAUGCAGCCCCUGUUUUCAGCAGGGGUUGGUUCUACGGGAGCUGCUACUGUUGUUGUUGUUCAUUUCAUUUCUAUACCACUUUAAAUGUUUAGGAAAAAAUCACAAAAGUGACUUACAACCCAUUAAAAUAUCGAAUACAACAAUCCAGAAUAAACCAUUACUGAAUAAAGUCAAAUGUAAAUUAUACAUUCAAAGCAACAUAAUUAACAGGAAAGUAAAAUAUUAUCUUGAAGAUUUCAAAACAUUACAAAGGAGGUCAGCUACAUACUGCCUAUUUAACGCAGCAAAGUUAACAACAACAGAAUCUUAAACAUUUCAAAAGAAAACAUUACUGAAGGAAGUAAAAUAUAAAAUGCACAUUUAAAACCGCAUAAUUAACAAGGGAACAGUGUAUUCAGGCACAUCUUUCCAGCAGAUGGAGGUUAACAUUGUCACUAGAUGGCACUGUGUGUCUUCUGUGUAAACAGACUGGUUGAACGGAGAUGUAUAUUACUCGUAUUCUAAACCUCAUCCUUCAUAUUUUUCAUGCUUUUUAAGCAACUUGAAAUAGAAUAAUAGAUUCUUCUACUGCGUAGCUGCUAUUGCCAUUGGGUUUUUUACAUUGCUAUGUACAAAAUAUUUGUUUAGAAUUAAGUUUCGGCAGUGUAAGUGUCAAAAUUAUAAUCUUGAUAAUUUAGUCAAGUGGAUCCAAGCAGUUAGUGAGGAGAUCUGUGGGAAAGUUUGUAUUUUAUCUUUAUGCAGGUAUUCUGAACAUUUGACACACCACAUAUUUACAUAGCAUUGCAGCACAAACAUGAUACAUUGCAACUCAUAGUUAAUGAAACAGUAUUUCACUGACAUUGAUAUAAUCUCUAUUGUAGAUUAAAAAGUGACACCUUUUAGGAUGAUUUUGAAGUCAUAAUCACAUUGCUGAAUGUGAUUAUUAGCUUUAUAAAGGGUCAUGGAUGAGGUUUUAACUAGCUGUUGGAUAAAAUUCAUGAUUUUGCUUCAUCAGAAGAAACUAGUUGAAAGCAGAACAGGUUAGCCAAUGUCUAAAUGCAGCCGUGGUUGAGCAUGUUGUUGUUAGCAAGUAUUAGCAAGCAGUUGGUGGCGUAAAGGUAAAGGGACCCCUGACCACUAGAUCCAGUCACGGACGAAUCUGGGGUUGUGGCGCUCAUCUCGCUUUAUUGGCCAAGGGAGCCGGCGUACAGCUUCCAGGUCAUGUGGCCAGCAUGACUAAGCUGCUUCUGGCGAACCAGAGCAGCGCACGAAAACACCAUUUACCUUCCCACCAGAGCAGUACCUAUUUAUCUACUUGCACUUUGUGCUUUCUAACUGCUAGAUUGGCAGGAGCAGGGACCAAGCAACGGGAGCUCACCCCAUCGCGGGGAUUCGAACCGCUGACCUUCUGAUCGGCAAGGCCUAGGCUCUGUGGUUUAACGCCACCUUUAUUAAAUAUUGUCUUCAGACACAAUCUGCAGUUCCUUGAGAUGAGCCAGUGGACUCUUGGCAACAUUUUGCAUGCAGGUCUUGCUAUCUAAACACAUUUCCUGCGUUCUUAGGAAAUAGUUUGUUAGGCAAGCGUUCACAUAACCAGUCAACAUUUUCCAUUGAUUUCUAUGGGGAAAUUUCUAAUGCGGUCUUGGCCAUGGAAUUUUGGCCCCACCUUGGUUUCUGGUAAAAUGGCUGCCACAGACCAGCAAAACACAAAAAAGUAAGGCUGUCUAUUUGUUUUUAGUACUGCACAAUUGUCCUACUCUUUGAAUAUUUGAUCGUGCUGUGUGUAUAGCAAAGUUUGGGUACUAAUGCCUCGUGUUUGAAUAAGUGGAUUUUUGCAGAACGAGUGUUGAAUAGUGGGACCUGUGUAUUUUCAUAGCUUUCUCUUUAGAUGCUGGUUUUGGCAUACCCUUUAGUUCCUUCUUGAUCAAGAAGAGUCCAUAUACUGUGGUAUAGAUUUAGUAUAAUUUAGAAAAAUAUUUUGAGCUCAUUUACCCUCCUGACUUUUAAAGAAACUUUUGAAUGACUGCCAACUUGAUUUCAUCUUUUUCUCCCCAUUUGGCAGGUUCACAAUCGUAUAACGAAAGCUCAUGUUCACGUUUCAUUCAAGAAUGCAUAUAACUAUCAUUAACCCUUAUUUAUUCUUCAAAAACACUUUUACAAUAUGAGGUUAUUAAGAAUGGGUUGGAUGCUUUGAAAACAUUGUAUUCAUAUAAAUAUUCCUUGCUCGCUUUUUGCAUUCUUUCCAACUUAGAUUUUUACUUUCAUUUUGUAGAAAACAAACCCUAGUAAACACCUGAAAAAAGUUACAAGACCUGCUUUCCUGCUUAUCUCUGCAGUGUUCCACCACCUGAGCCAGGCAUAUUUUGGAUAUUUAGCGGUUGGCUGAGGGAAAAGGGCUGUGAGAUGACAGGCAUGCGUGGAACAGUUCUACCCCUCCCCUACCAUCACAUCUCGUUUGGACUUGAAUUUUCAUGUAUCCUAAUAACCCUUCUUUUAAAAAAAAUUAAAUAGAUCCUCUUUUGUGGGAUGGAAGUACCCAGUGCAAGGCAACUCAGUGACUGAUCUGGAUUACUUCAGCUUCUUGUUUUCAACUCUUACAGGUAAUCUGUGUGAAUUUAAUUUUUUUUUUUUAUUUCAGCAUAAUUUUGUUGAAUUUCAUUUAGGAAAAAUGUUGCGUUAAGUAGAUUGAAGGCAAACAUCCUGUAAUGCCUUGUACAAACAAUGGCUAAUCAUCAACAUAAAAGCGAGAAUUUAAGAAGCGAUUAUUAUGAGUGAUCAAGCACCCUGUGACUGCUAAUUCACCUACCUGCUGUCAGAUUUCAGUUGCCUUCGUUUUUUCACUGGGGAGCUUCUCUGUGGGCACCACUGGUGCUGCCUGGCAUUGUUUUCUGUUUUAAGACCUUUUGAGAUGUUUUAUUUCCACAAGACCAGGCGGGUAUCCUUUUGCUCUGUUCUCCCAAUUACCUCCCAGUAAAGUUUCUGUUUUUGAAAUAGUGGUGAGUCCACUGUUUCAGCAGUAUUCUAGCAGUAUUCUAGAACUAUAACUAAGCUCAGCAGUAUUCCAGAACUUCCCAAAUAACUGCCACCAGUAUGGUUCUGUACACCUGUCUUGCACAUGUAUAAAAGCUGGCUGGAUUAUGGAGACAGAGGACCAGUAGCUCCUGAAUGUCAUAGUAAAAUUAUUUUUGUUUCCAGCAUCCCCUCCAUUCUUAAACUUUCCUUGCUACCAAACAGCCUCAUCAGUCCUUGAUCCUCUUUCUUGUGUGUCCAAAAUCCUGUACUGCCCAAGUAAUUCUUCUCACGCCCUUGUAUGCCAAUAUUAUUAAUAUCUUCCUCUUAAUCAUACUGUUCCCUGGCUUGCUUCAGACCUUCAUAAUCUACAAUAUAAAUAUUAAUGUGCAGCCACAACACAAUCACAAUCUUUUUAUAUAAAGCUUCAAAUACAAAACACUUUAAAAAACACCCCUAAACCACUGAUAGAGGUUAGCAUCAGAUCUGUUUGAAGGUUUAUGUUUGUCUAUCACUAGUAUUGUUUCUAAUUUCAGCUUAAUUCACUAUUAAAACCUGAUUGUUAAGAAGUCUGGUUGUGAAUCCACUUACCUAGUAGUAAUCGCCCUGUUGAAUUCAGCAGUAUUUUCUUCUGAUUAGUUGUGGCUAGGACUCGCAAAGUUUCAUAGUGAGACCAGACUUGUCUUUAAAAUGGCAAAACAUGAGAGUGAGUCAUUAAAACUGAGCAUUAGUAAUGAAUAGUUGGCUCAGUUAAGUAAUUUCCCCUAGCUUUUAAUAACACCCAGGCCCUCAGAAGUAUGGGUAGGAUCCAAAGACACAUGAAACUCGUCCCAUAAACCCUACGAAGCUCUUCCUAAGCAGUAGCCAAAUGAUGAACUGCUUUUGAAACAAGAAUGCUUCAAAGCAUGGGAAGCUCAGCUGCUCAAGAAGUGGGAUGUGGAACAACAAUUCUAUUUGUCGGGCACAAGCUACCAGCAGGAACUUAAGCAGUAGUUAUCCCAGUCAUUCUAAGGAUUGGCUAAAGCUAAUUAUUUACUGAAUUAUCCCAUGGAAAUCUAUGCGAUUGUAAACACAUACUUAAUGCUGUCUCAUGGAAACUAAUGGAGAUUGUAAGUGCUUAACUUGGAUCGUGUCCAGGGUGUAAUACUGCUAGCAUACUUUCCUCAUUAUGUUUGAAGAUUUGUUUGUUUGCAUGUUUAAGCAUCAUUCUGAUUUUGACCGCAAGUCUUGUAUAUUUCCCUUUAUACUUCAUAAAUAUGAACUGUGGGAUAGAAUGUUUUUAAUGAGUUGUUAACCAGUAUUUUUUUAUUAUAGAUGGAAAAUAGCAGAAUGGUAAUUCCCUCUGGGGUCUGCUCCUAAUGGGCUUCUCUGUCAACUUUUUCCAGGCUUCUCCCGAGAAGAGCUGACUAACUUGCAGAGCAUCAGAGGGAGGCCACACAUAAGCCAAACACAACUCUCCCCGGUCCAGAUCUACUUGACAGAUCUGGAUCAGUUUUCAUAUCACUGGGCAAUGACAGAGGUAAGACCGUCUGCACGGAGAAUUCAGAGUUAAAAUAUCAUAGGCUGGCAUGUCUGUAGGCUCAGUAUUGGUGGUAAAUGUUCUAUAGGGAGUAAAAAUAUAUGUUUUUCCCUGACUACGUUUCUCGUGAGAGAAAAAGGAUGCCAGUGUGGUGGCUAAAGCUGAGUAUUAGUGGUUUCAUUACAGUCUCACUAAAGCCUAAGAUCAGCCUCAGAAUAAGUGGUUCCUCAAUAGCAGGCAUAGACGGCCCAGCUAGAGUCUUUCCUUUUUUCUGCAAGAUAUGGUGGCUGCACGCCCUCUUCACAUCAGGGUGCAUUGAAAGGUUUGCUGGCCAUUGGUGUCCCCUAGGAACUCGGCAAGAGAGCCAGCGUGGUUAAGAGCGGUGGACUCGUAAUCUGGUGAGCCGGGUUCGCGUCUCUGCUCCUCCACCUGCAGCUGCUGGGUGACCUUGGGCCAGUCACACUUCUCUGAAGUCUCGCAGCCCCACUCACCUCACAGAGUGUUUGUUGUGGGGGAGGAAGGGAAAGGAGAUUGUGAGCCGCUUUGAGACUCCUGAAGGGGAGUGAAAGGCGGGAUAUCAAGCCCAAACUCCUCCUCCUCCUCCUCCUCCUUCUGUCCUUGAGGGUGGAUUCACUUGAUGCUCCUGUUAGUUCUGGGCUCAAACUCAUAGGACCCUAGUUUUGAUUUUGCACAGUCGUUCUCCAGUAGCUGAGCGAGAGUUCCAUCUUGCUGGACUGCUCCCCAGGAAGCGUUGUCACAUCUUCUGGCCCUGCCUUCUGAGCAGAAGUGCAUACUGUUGAAUUGUGCUUAGAGGUGACUCUUCUGUUAGAAGGCUGGCAUUGGAUUCAGAAUGGGGAAUGGGCUUUGUCUUGAAUUUGCACUGCCAGCAUUGCCAUCUUCUCACAGCUUAGAUAGCAUUGCUUUUGCUUUGCUGUUGUGGUCAGUUUGAGGAGCAAGGUGAAAAACAGCCUAUUUCACGUUUCCUUUUUGAAGUAGGAAAUGAAAAUAAGUGUACUUUACAAACACAUUAAGGCGUUGAUUACACUACAGUGUAACUAUCCAUAUUUUGGAGUCUUUGCCACCUGGAAUGUAAGCUUAGGUGAUUCUUUCACUUUACGUACGUGAUCUGCAGGAUAUUUUGUAAGAAAUUAUUUUUAUUGAAAUUUUUGCUGAAUAAAGACUGAAAAUAAAAGUGGCAGGGCACAGUGACACAGUCAGUAUGUGUAACAGCAAAAGAAGUUACAAUGGUAAGUUAUCACAAAGAUGCACCUUUGUGUGGAGCAAAGUUACAUAUAGCUUUCUUGAAGCUGUGUCAGUCCAUUGAGCCUGCAGGAUAUUUAUGGAAACAGAAGUAAAUAAAAAUAUUCGGUUCAAACCAAGCAGUUCUUUGCGUUUUUAGAACUGCUCACGUGAGACAUUGCCAACCGGUUGUAGGAAGAUUGUAAUGGUGUCUGGCUGGAUCCCUUAGACACAGUGGUGCAAAUUUUACUUUGUAUGUUCUUUCAGAAUAAAAAUAGCAAUGCUUUUAUGUGAUGUUAUUUGCGUUUUCAAGCAAUCCACAAUCCCCUGAACAGUUAUCUCUGUGUAUCUGAAAUACUCUGGGCAUUGUUACCAGAGCUUUGAGCUUUCAGAAGAUGCUUUUUAGCAGUGGCUUGGCUAAGCACAUGAGGUUCAGAAGGGAAGAUACUCUUGAGUCAAUGAUUAAAAGCCAAAAGAAUAACAUUUGGGGGGAAAGUUUAAUAUAGGGGGAAAUAUAAAAGUUGCACAUAAGGCCAUGUUGUUUAAGAUGACAGUGGGAAAUAUAGGCUCAUUUGGGGCAGAUUACGUUAAAAAAUAUUGUCUAUUACAGCAUUCUUCAUUUGAGCAAGUCCAGACUAGCCAGGCAUUUAAUUUUAUUACUGGGUGAUUUGGGAAUAUUCAGGAGAGUUCUUUUAGGCAAAGGGAGUUGUGAGUCUUUCGCUGGUCCUACUGUUUUAAUUGUCAAUAUCCAUUUUUAAAAAAAAUAAUAAUAAUCUAAAUGAUAGUGUGAUCAUUUCAUUUGGGAUGGAAUCUUCAUUGGCCAGUUUUUGAAUGGAUAAAAUGAGCUCAACACCCACAAAAAUGUGUUUCGUUUAGUGUGAACUAAAAUGUGGAGAAAGCCAAUUGCAUAUUAGGAGUAGUUUUUGUAAAAAGGAGUUUAUAUUGCUGCUUGGACUUACUUUAUCAUAGCAGCUUUUGCCUUAUAACUGCCUUAUGAACACUUUUGAUACAAAAACUUUCCCUAAUCAAUGGCUAGAGAAGAGACAGAAGCAUCCAGCACUAUCGAUGCUUGCCGUGGAGGCUUCUGCCUGCAAACCAAUCCAUUAAAUUUAUUUAUUAAAUUUAUAAACAGCCGUUCAUCCUAAGAUCUCAGGGCGGCUCACAAGAUAAAAAUACAGGAUAAAAGCACAAAUAAAUAGUUAGAAUAGAAGCACAGCAAAACAAACACAUUUAAAAGGCCAUAGAAUAUUAAUCAGCCCAAGGCCUGGAUGAAGAGGAACAUUUUCGUCUAGCACCUAAAGAUGUAUAAUAAAGGCUUCCUGGGGAGAGCAUUCCACAAAAGGGGAGCCACUGCAGAAAAGGCUCUUUCUUUCCGACCUCUCAUGGAGGAGACACUCGAAGAAGGGCCUCAGAGGAUGAUCACAGAGUCCGGGGUGGUUUAUAUGGUUAAAUCAGGCUUCCUCAACCGGAUGCCAUCCAGAUGUUUUGGAGCUGUGGCAACAGUUGCAACCUAUUUUUUAAGAACCACAGGGCACUAAUUGUUCAUAUAAUUUGUUUGAGCACACGCCUGGACUGUGUUGGGAUUUUCUAAAUCAGAAGGAAGGUAGUAAGUAAGAUGAGUAAAUGUUUUAAGUGUCAGCAUAAAUGGCAGUUGGGUUAUGAGUGGGGAGCGAGGUUGUUUUCCAAUUACAGGCAGGGAGUCUUCAUUAGCAUUGGAUCUGUAGUCUCAAUAUUGACUGUAGCCAGAGAGCAAUUUGAUCCUUCUGUUGUCAGUGCUUUAUCCCUCGAGGCUUCAUGUCUACAGGUUUGUUGCCUUUCCAGAUUGCAAGAUAAGGUUUCUAAGGAAUUGUCUAUUUAUGUCACUUAAUUUUCACUGUAGCACUCACUGUUCAGUGCACAAAAUGUUUUAGAGUUCUGACCUCAGAAAACAGAAAAAGAUGUUAUCCUUUACCUCUGUUUCGUUAGCAUUUCAAAAUAUAGCGUUUAAGGCAUGUUUGAAUUCUUCUUUCCUUUGCCUAUGUGACGCAUCCAUUCAUGGGCUGUUCGUCUCCCAUUUGCACAAGGCAGGGACAUGUGACUUGAUGGUUUCCUCUAUCCUGUCCCCUGUUGGCUCUUCUCCCAGUUCAAGCUGACAAGAUGGAUUAAAGCUUGCAUAGCUUUGAUCUAUGAAGCUCAGCACAUACUUUUGCACACUGUCCCAACCGCUACAUCUCCCACUUUCACCACUAAUGCUUCCAUCACAGAGAUCUGAUAGGCACAAUUACAUUUGCCAGGUGUGCCUGGUAAAGAAUAGACAUGCAUACCUUGGUUGAAGUGGCCUUCAGGAGGAUAGUACGGCAACAGGUACUUUCUUUGAUUUUAAGCAAUCCCUGUUUGCAUCCAGGAGUACAUGCAACCUGUGCGUCUGUAACAAACAAAUAACAGAGCUCUAGUUGCUCUUGUGUGGUGUGUGAUGGCAUCCACUACCAUACCUUGGAUAAUAUACAUGGUGGCUGCCCAUAUCCACUUAGCUCAGUUAGGCCCACACAUAUUUCUUUGUCCAGGUUGAUGUUCCUUCCUCCUUUCCCUGCUAUCUUGCCCUGUCUGAACCUGGUACUGUUGAGGGCCUUCUUCUGCCGCAGGCUCAGCCACAGAACUGGACUGGAGGGAGUCAACAAGGGGAAGAGAACGGGGGAAGCAAUCAAGCCAUAUGUCCCUUCCUGGGUGACGGAGGCGACCCUUCGCCUUCACUGUGAGUCACUGGUGAUGCUUUCAGAUGGUGAAGAGGAUUCUAAAACCGUUAGUUGUUAAAAAGGCACCCGUGUGUCUGAUUCAGUUUGUCAUAUUUGAGUGUCUUGUAGUGUGAGCAGGAAAUGGAAGCCCUGCAGGACUUGACUUCCUUGUUUGUUUUUGCUUUUACGUCCCACCUUUCUUCUGAGGCAUUCCAGGCAUAGUGUUUGUGCCUCCUCGCCAUUUUUAGCCUCACAACAACCCUGUGAAGUAGGUUAGGCUGAGAGGUGGUAACUGGCCAAGGGUCAGUGGUUUAACCCAGGCAUAGGCAAACUCGGCCCUCCAGAUGUUUUGGGACUACAACUCCCAUGAUCCCUAGCUAACAGGACCAGUGGUCAGGGAUGAUGGGAAUUGUAGUCUCAAAACAUCUGGAGGGCUGAGGUUGUCUAUGCCUGGUUUAACUUAUAUGAAAUGAUUAAAUGCAGCUUUUAGAAUUCUGGAAUAUGUUACUUUUGACCAUGUAUCCACUAUGACUUUGUAGAAACAAAGAUGUAGAUGUACAGUGAAUAUUGGCAUUAAUAUUAUUGCUGUUGUAACAGGUGGUGACCCAGUGCCUGUCUACUAUACCUUCAAGAAGCCAAUGCAUAGAUAUUGUACAAAAUGGCAUUUGCAAAUACCUGGUAGGUGGUAAUUCUGAAUAUAUUCUAUGUUGGUUUUAUUUAAUUAUUGUUUGUGAUUGAAACUGUGGGCAAUAAAAAGAGUUUGGUAUGUGCAGAUGUUCCUGCUAGGCUCAUUUCUGGCCUUGCAGUUAUACUCACUAUUCAUGUCUUAGUCUGUGAACAGUAUAUAAUAGCAGUUUUCCUGUUCAUAAGCGGUUGCAGAAACAUUUCAUCGCAGUCAUGAAAGUCUUCAUACUGUGUUUAAAUAUGUUAUAUUCCAUGUUUCUUUAUGGAAAUUUCAAAAUGACCAACAGCAAACUGUCAUAAAAAUGGAACAAAUGACAACAAGGAUUUUUUUUACGAUCAGUUGGCCAUCAUUAGAAACCAGCAACAGCCACAGGCCAUGAGCAGUAAUGGAGGCAUUGGGGAGAAGGGGCUUCCUUUGCUAGAGCAACAAAAAGGCCUUUCCCUUCAUGCCCACCAGCUGGCUGGCGCAACGCCUCCGAUGUUGAUGAGUGGACAGGAAGGAAUAUGUACAAAUACGUUAUCCUCGAGAUAAAUGGGGGCAUUUUAGGGCUUUAAAAUGAAUCAAUUACUAGUGAAAAUAGAGCAGUACCAGGUAAUUCUGUACUGACCAAUGUAACAUUUGCCAUCACUUUUACAUAAUAUUUUUUGUGUUAGCUAAUAUUAUUUAACUCCAGUGAACUGUAAACUAUUUGUUAACUGCCUUAAUCUUCCCUACAAAAAUAAUCAAGAAGUAUGCCACACUUAGUUUAAAUAUUUUCUUUUUCUUGUGUUUUAAAAGAAGUAACAGUUUUGGAACAUCAGUAAUUUAUCUAUAACUUGUUUUCUCUAAAAGUAUGAAUCAGUCCCCCUCAUCUGUGGCAAUAUGCAUGAAAAACUUCUGUUUCGUUGGCAAGAGCCAAACUUAUGGUGUUAUUUAUUGGAUACCCCGGAAAGAGAGGUUUUCCAGCAGAUGACCUGUGUGCAAUUAGAUGUGAAAAUUCAUUUAUAGACAUCCACAAAUGAAUGCCUUCAAAGCAAGACCCUGGGCACAUGACACUUCAGUAUGCAUUUGCAAGUUGCAGGUCACAUGUGGGAAGGUGUAAUUCGAAUCAGAGGAUGAAGUGGUGGGUUUAGCAUUGCAGGUAACCUGACCCUCACCACUUCUGCUAUCAGGAGCAGCACGGGGUCACAGAAAACAAUAAAAGCUGCAUUCCUAAGAAGUGUUUCAAACCCACCCAGAGCAGGCUGUACAGCCGUCUCUGAGACAACUGCUUCCAGGUGGACUGCUUUUCUUUUCACUGGAUUGUUUGUCCACAUCCCAUCCUUUACUGUCUCCAAACGUUGAUUCAGGGCGUUCAGUGCAUUACUAGAAACCCAUGGCACUUCAGACCAAAUCUAUGGAUGUCCUCACCCAACAGUUUCAUGUAGAUGUUAGAAAGCAUGGAAGACAAAACUCACUAUGGUAGCACUCCCCAAGUUUAGGGGCCAUGGUUCAGAGCAGCAGUCUCCCAUCGUGACCUGCUGGAUCCUUCGUUUCAGGAAUGACUCAGUUCCAGGAAUGACUUGCUACAGUACCUCCCAGCCCCAUUCUGGCAGGGUGACCUAGGGUGAUACAUGCUCUUCAGAGCUGCACCAGAAUCAAGCAUUAAUUGGUUCGCAACUUUUCAGCUGAAAAGGCUCUGCAAGGAUUACAGAUCAAUAAAAACAAGACAGUUCCUGACCUCAGGUUUAAAUUCUAAAAAAUGGAACACAAAAGGAAAAAGGAAUGGGAAGGGAAGAGGAAAAAGUGAACCAGGGCAUUCAUUAUUUAAAGUUAGCAAGUUUUAAGACUUCAUAGUUUCUCCCAACAAAAAAAAUUAAAUCCAUCUACCAAAGUCAAACUGAAAGACAAUGAUAACAGAACCCUUCAUGAACUAUAUUUCACUUCAUUAGGACUGCCACUCUAGACAAGUGUUUUGUGAAAAACUUUGCCAUGAAUCCAUAGCAACAGAAUGGACAUGAAGCUGGAGGUCCUGAUUUCUUUGUCAUGCCUCUGCUGCUGACUCCCAAGGCACAGACCAUGAGUGGGGACCCUCUCAGCCUCUGCCCAAGCAUGGUUUUCUUAGGCCUAUCUGCCUAGAGAGACCCUUGGAACUGUUGCCAGGCCACUCUCCUCUCUGGCCCUUCUGUGCACUUCAAAUGUUUUGGCCUGGCUGCAAUGUGUCCGUGGACCCUGAGAAUACAUUUCUUGUCUGUCUGAACAGAGGCUAGAGCAGGCACCCCCAAACUCGGCCCUCCAGCUGUUUUGGGACUGCAGCUCCCAUCAUCCCUAGCCAACAGGACCAGUGGUCAGGGAUGAUGGGAAUUGUAGUCCCAAAACAGCUGGAGGGCUGUUUGGGGAUGCCUGGGCUAGAGUAUGCAGGGGGUGUGCAUCCUACCCACAUAGUAACAUUCUUCUGCUGUAUUUUAAAUCUGUGACGUGAGCUUAAGCCCACUGUACAAGGUAGUAGGGAAGGUGUUUUGCUUGGCUGUUGCUAAAUAAAUAAGAUGCCAAUUCAUGGGAUUAAUGUGCUCAAUCCUCAAAGGAAAGGAAGGGCAGGUUGUAAAAUGUAACAGAUUGAGGGGGAAAUGAAGUUAUUUUUAGAAUUGUUCUUAGACACAGGCGCAAGCACAGCUAUGGCAGAAAUGAGUGUCUGUGUGAAAGGUAAUUUAUUUGUUUUGUCUCCUAGGCAGGGUUGACUGUAAUACCUGACAGUGCUGCUGGAUCUGUUUUGUGUGCCAUUAGUAAGCUCUUGGAUCAAGCGUGCUUGCUUAAUGAAAACCUUGCAAAGUUCCUAGCGUCUUUGUGUUACAGUCUCCUUUAUCUCCUCUUAACGAUAGAGAGAGAAGAUACAGAACACCUGCAGAAGAGGUAAGCUUUUAAUUUGAGGACUUAUUGGCAUCUGUAAAAAGCACUUUAGAAAUACAUAUGAAAUUUGCUUGUUUUACUUGAGGAAUAAAAUAUCAGUCUGUACCUGUGCAAGUUUUUUAAUAAGGUUGAUGGACUUCCAUUUCGUUGCACCACAUUGAGGAAUAAGGCAGCUGUAUACCACCAGCAGUCACACAGAUCUUUGGGAUUUAGACUGUUGCCUUACUUAGUUUUCCAGGCUCCUUACGACAGGUUUGCGUGCUAUAGCUUGCCCACCGGGAGUCCAAAUUUUGCCUGCAAGGCCAUGUCCCCCAAACACUGCCCCCUGCCCCACAUCUGAUGCUAUAUAUGUCAGCUGUGGAGCAGGUAGGGAUGUGGGUGCUGGUGCACACAUGGGAGCCUUAAAGUGCACUUCAAGUUGUGGUGUGUAAAGGGGUUCCCCUGCAGAAAGUAAGCUUUGGUUCUGCCGCCCUUGAGCUUAUACGCGGGAGAGCCAAAGCCUGCUGGAUUGGCUGUGUGCAGCGCUGUGAAAUACUAACUUUGGCACUUCAAAGCGAUUGUUGUGACAACAGGUGGGAAGCCACAUGAGAAUAGAUCUUGGUGAGGAUCUGACCCAUGGAGCCAAAAGCAGGCUGGAUUUCGAAUAUCAGCAUUCUAAGACACUAGUUGCUUUAAUUCUCUUCUAACCCUCUAGAGGGACGUGGGUGGCGCUGUGGGUUAAACCACAGAGCCUAGGACUUGCCGAUCAGAAGGUCGGCGGUUCGAAUCCCCGCGACAGGGUGAGCUCCCGUUGCUCGGUCCCAGCUCCUGCCAACCUAGCAGUUCAAAAGCAUGUCAAAGUGCAAGUAGAUAAAUAGGUACCGCUCCAGCGGGAAGGUAAACGGCAUUUCCAUUUGCUGCUCUGGUUCACCAGAAGCGGCUUAGUCAUGCUGGCCACAUGACCCGGAAGCUUUACGCUGGCUCCCUCGGCCAAUAAAGCAAGAUGAGCGCCGCAACCCCAGAAUUGGUCAUGACUGGACCUAACGGUCAGGGGUCCCUUUACCUUUACCUAACCCUCUAGAAUGUUAUUCCCAGUAAGCUCUUCUGAAACAAUGUGCUUUUUAAAAACAAAACAAAACUGAUUUUAAAGUAAGCGAGAGAUAAAUCAGACAGGAAUGUUACCUCUGCAAUUGGGAUUUCUUUGAUUGACUACCCUUUGUCCAAAUGGUAGAAAUCUUACUGUAACUUGCAGCGCUGGAAUCUUGAACUGGGUCACGGCUCCUGUGUGCAUGUUAGAUAGCAGGCAGUUUUAAUUUGAUAAUCCGUUCUUUCUUGCACAAUGUAUUCACGGUUGGCUAUAUAAUUGACUCUAUGUAGUUGAAUAUUAAUAACUAUUUUAAAAAUAUUUUUUUAACUAUAACUGGUGACAAAUUGGUGGAAAUGGUUUGCAAGUAACUUUAGUGUACCAGUUUUUGUCAUUUUCUGUGCCAUUUUCUUCCUAGAAACUAUAGUCUACAGUACUCAUUUUUGUUCUUCAGAGAGGUGGACUGAGAAAGUUAAUUUGAGCUUAAAUAACUCCUGUGCCCUUGGUUUCCCUUAUAGACUCUCUGGCUGUGCUUUCUUCCUCUACAGGGACGCAUUGUGGAGUUGCUGCAUUUCCGUGCUCACCGCCUUGCCUCGCGUAUUGAGGCUGAUGUUGCAGAGUCUUCAAGUGAGCAGAGUCUGUCCGGAGGAAUUGCCUGUCCUUGCCCAGCUCCUCCGCUUGCUAAUGCAACACGGACAGCUUCGUAGUCAUAUGGUGACCAAUGAACUUCUGGUGAAACAGAUUGUCAAAGAUAUCACGGUAGGCACUUAUGCUCAAUCACUAGUUGCUCAGGCUAGUUUUCAGCGUCCCUGAUGGUUGUUUAACUUACCUUGGCCUGACGCACACACCUUGAAGCAGACCUAUUUGCAAGCGAAGAGCAAUGGGCCCCUCUGAGAGCCAAGACUAAUUUUCCUUUCCUCUCCUGGCCAUCAGUGCUGUCUUCGGGUUGGUGGGGAUUGUUUCCGAAAUGCCUGGAUAACAUGUUGGGGGAAGGCUGCUUUAAACUGUAAAGGGGCAGUCCCCCUGUUGAGAAACAGGGAUGAGAUUGAGAAAGGCACAUCUGAGGGGCGUGUGCAUUCUCCAGGCAUAUCUCCCUGCUCCACUGGGCCCCUAGGCUGAGCAAGCAGAUGUCCUUCCAGCUCCCAUUUGCAGUGGGUGAGGGCUGUGCCGCCAAAGUCUGCUUGCAGCAUACAAGCAGGGUGCAUAUGUAUGCACCUCAUAGUCCUUGCUGCUUUGAAGGGGACUUUCUUUAAAAAUCAGGGUCUUUCCCCCCCCCCCCCAAUAUCUCAAGAAUCCCCUUUAUAAGGGGUGCUAGCCCUUUCCAUGUUUCAAAGCUCAGUGUGUCCACAUACAAUAUAUCCUGUUGGAAAAUAAAAGGAGUGAACUAUUAGAAUGAACAGAUGCUGGUCGUUACUUCUAUAUGUGUGUGAACCCGUCUCCAUGAAAUCAUUAGCUUUGGGUCAAUAGCAACCAAAAGUGGUGGAAUGUUAUUUCUCCUUUAAUAAGCAUAGCCUGGUACGUUCAACACAGUUUGCAUUGUAACACCUGAAGGGAUAAUUAGGGAAGUGUCCAAGUACAAUGAUACAAUUUGGAAACAUUGUUGCUUUAUAAAAGCAUUUUCUUUUAAUUUACUAAAUGCAACUGCUGAUUAGCCUAAAUAAUUCCUCACAGCAAACCAGGAAAGAGCCCAGUUUAUGUAAUUCCAAUUAACUGUGUUGCUGGAAACCAUGGAAGGGGCAAGUAUUGCUCUUGUGCUCCUAUUUUGCCUGCUGGUUUCCCAGACGCAUCUGGUUAGCCGCUGUGAAACAGGAUGCUGGACCAGAAGGGCCAAAGGCCUGAUCCAGCAGGACUCUUCUUACAUUCUUACGUAACUGUAAUCCUCUCUCUUCCCUGUCCUGCCUACUUCAUGAGAGAAGCAUAAAAAGUUGUACCCAGUGUUUAUAUUUUCAGAGAUGGGAGUUCCAAGUUGUGUUUGAGAAAAUAAAUAUGGCAAUAUUGUUUUCUCCAUAACAAACCCUAGUUCAUGAAAAGCAUCUAAACUAAUGAAAUUGUGAUAUUUAUAAAAAUAUAUACUGCCAACUUGUACAGAACUAGUAUAGAAUUUCAGGGUAGUUUACAAUAAUGUAUACAAGUACAAUAAAACACCAUAAAAACUAUUCAAAAUAAUCAUUAAAAUGACUGGCUGAUCAAGAAAUGUUAAGCGGCUGCACAGGCUUUUUGGCUUAAAAAAUGUAUUCAGAAGACACUUGAAAGUCAGUCGCAAAACUAUCCCACCAUUGAGCUGGAGAGGCUGCAAUAGUAUAGGUACCACAUUUCACAUAAAGCCCUUCCGGCAGAGGGUGUUUACAGGAAUAAGCUUUAUUAUGGGUCAACAUGUGGAAUGCACCCCAAGUUUGGGAUUGUUAACUAUUUUUAGAGAAGGGUAAUCUGGCCUUUGUUAUAAAGAACUAAUUACUUUUAGUAGUGGCAUGCCUACUAGAGGCACAGAAUUGGAAAGGAUUAGAACAUCUGUGUAUCUCCCAUUGGAGGGAUGCAGGUGGCGCUGUGGUCUAAACCACUGAGCCUCUUGGGCUUUCCGAUCAGAAGAUCGGCAGUUCAAAUCCCCACUACGGAGUGAGCUCCCAUUGCUCUGUCCCAGCUCCUGCCAUCCUAGCAGUUUGAAAGUACACCAGUGCAAGUAGAUAAAUAGGUACUGUGGCGGCGGGAAGGUAAAUAGUGUUUUUGUGUGCUCUGGCACUCAUCAUAGUGUCCCGCUGCGCCAGAAGUGGUUUAAUCAUGCCGGCCACAUGACCUGGAAAGCUUUCUGCGGACAAACACCAGCUCCCUUGAUGUCAUAAUAAUAAUAAUAAAUUUUAUUUAUAUCCCACCCUCUCCAGCCGAAGACAAUAAAAUAGCUAACAACAAUAAAAUAGUACAAGAUUCUAAAAACAUUUCAUUAUAAAAAUUAAUUAAAAUCAAAUUGUUGGCAACCAUUAAGCUAAAGUUCUGUGGAGAUUGCCAAAGGAGGGAGUCAGGCUGUGCCCUGACCAAAGGCCUGGUGGAACAGCUCUGUCUUACAGGCCCUGCAGAAAGAUGUCAAGUCCCGCAGGGCCCUAGUCUCUUGUGACAGAGCGUUCCACAAGAUUGGAGCCACAGCCGAAAAAGCCCUGGCUCUAGUUGAGGCCGAAAUGAAGCAAAAUGAGCGCCACACCCCAUAGUCACCUUUGACUGGACUUAACCAUCCAGGGGUUCUUUACCCUUUUACCUUACGUCCCAUUGGAAACAGAAUGUAUGGGCUGUUGCUGUAUCAGAAAAAUUAACAAAGAUUACAUGCAUUGAAUAAUACAAAAGAUGUAGACGAUUUUGUUGAAAUAUGGCAUCCUUAUAUAAAAUACUUUACUGAUAGUCCCGAAGAAUGGCAACUACCAAAAUCACAGAUUGGGACUCUGGCAAACUUAACUAGAUUGAUCUGUCCAAGAGGAAGGCAAGGGGGAUUUUGUUUUUGUAUCCUCUCUCUCUUUUUGUAAUUGUUAUACAGUAUAUAGGAAAUCAAUAAAACUAUAUUUAUUUAUUUUAAAAAGUCAGAAGCAAGGGUAUGUUGAAAAAUUCCAAGCAGUAACUCUGUUUUCUGAUUCUAGGUAUUGAAGAGUGGCGAAGCUCAAGACCAGUGGCUGACAGACCUCCAUUACUAUUACAAUAUAUACUUAGCCACACAUCCCCCAGGAUCUGGUGCAGCUGACACAGUAUAUUAAAGAGAACGACUGCAUUUGAUUGCGGGUCUCAGUGCAAAAUGUCAAUUUUCUGUGGAAAUUGAAGUUACAUUUCAUUAAAAAGACUUUUUCAUGUAAAAAGCUACUUUUCCUGUAUUUUUACCAAAAAUUCAAAAGCAGCUGGCUCUGAGCAGCUUGCUGCCAUCACUAAGGGCCAAACUAUACAUGAUGUAAAACGUGUCUUUGUGUUUCAAAGGCGGAAAGUGUCUGCUGGUAAGACUGACAACUUCUGAAAUUGCAGCAGGCCUGGAGGGGAAGCUUCCACUUCCCUCCUGCUGUGAUCCUGAGGAAAAUCCCUUGUCUGAAGCUGGUGCAAAGGGGGAUUUCUUUCCAGUGCAAAUAGCAGCUGCCCCAUAAGCGUGCAGGGAGGAACUUUCACGGGGAUGCUGCUAAUGCAGAGGCCAGAAGAGAACUGUGCAGGAAGGUUCUUGCUCUACCCCUUAAGGGAUAUAGGGCAUUUUAAAAGCUGCUUCUGGAGGAGAGUGAACACUACGUUGGCUAGAGUGAAUGAAGAGAUUGUGGAAAAAUGCCAGUUUCAUUGGGUGGCCUCCCAACUCCCGCCCCAGGCAAGUUUUGUAACACAUUAUUCUUGAUGUAUGUAGUAAAAAAAAUAAAAUCCUUUUGCAUAUUAUUUUUCUUAUAAAACUGAGGAUUGUCUUAACUAUCUUUUUAUUAUUAACCUGAGAUUUUGCCAUCCUUGCUCAUUUUCAUCAUUCACAAAGUUCAAGCCAGAGUUGUCCAAACUAGCAGAGAGCUGCAAAACCUGUUGGAUAUUUUGGCGAAUGCAGUGGUUUGACAAAAGAUAAUGACUUCAUCUGUCAGCGUGGAACUGCUGACUUGUGACUACUUUUGAGCAAGGUGUCUUGAGUACUGUUGGUUCAGAUCUGCUUCUUUUGGAAGGAAGGAAGGAGCAAAUCAUUGAGGAUUUCAGCUGCCAGGCUGAUGUGAACCUUUUGGGCCUUGUAUAUUUUACUGAUUAAAAAAAGGAAUUCUACUC